AUGGAAAAUAAGACAUACAAUGGUGCAAUUCCAAUGUCCCGUGACAUAACAAAGGCUGGAAUUGCUCUUGUCUUCUUCGUCGUGGACGCCUUCUCUUUCCACGAUCAGCAGCUGGCGGCUCUGCUCUUCGGCGCAGAGCAUCAACGAGAGAACACGAGACGAAACUCAGAAUCGUUGCCGGCGAUUGCAUCGGCGGGAAAUGGACGACGAUGGAGUUUGACGAUCGGCGAUGGAAUUCGCUGCGUCUGCGCAGAAGAAGAGAGUUUCGUAUUACGAUCGCAAAUUGGAGGGAAUCUUAUCAAGAGAGUGCAAGAUAGGAGCAAGGACAAGAGGGUCCAUGAUCUCGAAAUUGCCACCGAGAAGCAUAAAGUGGUGUCGAAGGUGUUGGUUCUGAUGGAAAUGUUGAAGAAGGAACCCGAGAUGAUAAUCCCUGUGAGGUCGCUGGAUCGAUGCCGGAAUCAGAUUAAUUUGCCCAGGCCACACAGUAUAGUGGAUUUUAUUCGGAAGUCGCCGAAACUGUUUGAGUUGUGUAAGGAUCGGAAGGGGGUAUUGUGGUGUGGAAUGACUAAAGAAGCUGAAGACUUGUUAGAGGAAGAGGAGAAAUUGAUUAGGGAACACUCUGGCAAGGCUGCUGAAUACGUGACUAGGAUGCUGAUGAUGUCAGUCAAUAAACAGCUUCCACUGGACAAAAUUGCUCAUUUCAGGAGAGAGUUUGGUUUGCCAGCUGAUUUUAGGAGCAAGUGGGUACACGAGUAUCCACAGCACUUCAAAGUGGUUAGAUCUCCAGACGAAGAUGAUUAUCUCGAGCUUGUAGAGUGGAAUCCUGCUUGGGCCAUCACAGAGUUGGAGAAAGCUGUAUUGGGGGUAUCAGAAUCUGCCUCUCAUACACCAGGGUUGCUUUCCCUAUCUUUCCCCUUGAAGUUUCCUGCCACUUACAAGAAGGUGUAUAGAUAUGGAGGGAAGAUUGAGCACUUUCAGAAAAGGUCUUACUUAUCUCCUUAUGCCGAUGCAUGUGGCCUUCAAGCUGGAUUGAAAGAAUUUGAGAAGAGGGCCAUUGCGGUGAUGCAUGAGUUACUGAGCUUCACAAUGGAAAAGAGGUUGGUAACCGAUCACCUCACCCACUUUCGACGAGAAUUUCGUGAUGCCUCAGAAGCUGAUGAGACUCUUUUGAAGCAUUUUGGCAUUUUCUAUGUCUCUGAGAGAGGGAAGAGGUUUAGCGUGUUCUUGACAGGAGCUUAUGAAGGUGCGGAGCUGAUUCAGAAAUGUCCGCUGGUUAUCUGGAAGGAAAAGGUCUUAAGCCUUAUUGGUUAUAGAGGGAAGAAGAAAAGGAUAGAAACUUUUACGGACUUAUCGGAUGUGGAAGAUAAUGAAUUUCUUGGGGGUAGCUCUGAGGAUGGAGGCACCCCUAUGCAGCUUGAACAAAUAGAAGCUGUCAGUGAAUUGGAGGAUGUUGCAGUUGGAGACAGCUCCUUCAUGGAUAUACAUGAAAUUGACAAUGAAUACAAGCCUCACAAUUCAUUGUAAGGUCAUGUGUUCUUAUUCGAGCUGUCAAGAUACUUGCUUUCCAGUCUUCUUCUUCGUAAGUUCAAAGUUUCAUGUACUUGUACAGAUUUAAUCAAACAAACUCUGCUUACAUCUAUAAACCAAGUUAACCAAUGGCGGACUGAUCCAUGUUAUUCCUCAUUGGUCCUAAACAUUGCCACUGGAACUCCUGAAAUCAAUGGUUCAGAAAGAAUGCGUGGAUGAUGCAUUUGGCAACUCUCAGCUCGCUUUGGUGCCACCAAGUACAUCAGAAGCAAUCUAUGUAUGGUGACCGGUUCAUUCUCAGUUAUUGGCCCGACUUAAUGAGUGCUGCAAUACUAAUCCAGUAUUCUGAAAAUGAACUUGCCACCCUGCAUUUGGAUCUCAAUUGUUGGAUCAAAGAGAUGAUUGGGUAGUAGCUGUCAGGGAGAACAUAGCCUAUCUUCCACUAUGAUAAUCGACAUUCUCUCUUGUUGUUACAAAUUAGAUGCCGAGCUCAGUUUUUUACCCGUAGGACUCAAAAACUGGGUGGAUCUAAUUUUGAAAACCGGUCUGUUUCGCUGAUCUAGCAAUUGAACUGGAGGUCAAACUGGUUUGAUCUGAUAUUAGCAAAGACCAUCCAUGCAUGUACAGCCAGAUUGAUUUACUUGUGCUUUCUUUGACAAGCAACCAAUCGUUUUUACUGUGAAUCCUUGAUCUCAAUCUAUUGUUGAUGAAUCAACUGCUCUUUCUUAAGUCAUCGAGACUAAGAUGCCAGAAAAGAAAAGGAUGUACCGAAUUUCUUUGCAAUCAACCAAUCUCCAGUAAAAGAAAGGUGCAAUGUAAGCAAACGAUCGCUCCAGCAAGAAAAUCCCUCAACAUUGUUGUCUGUCCAUCCUUAAAGAGUGCGUCCUUGUCAAGGAACAUCGAUCUUCUUCUUCAACAUGGAGACUUUCAGGGUUUAGGAGCAUGUUCUUCUCGCUGAACUACUUCACCUGCUCCCUCAUGAGGUCACUUUCGUGGAACACUUUCGGCAGUAUCCCCCUGAGGACACCCAUCUCCUUCCAAGAGUCUUGCAGGUCGUUCUCAAACUUGCUUAUUAUCUUCUCGUCCUUCUUCAGCAUCUGUUUUUUUUUUUUUUUUUUCUUUUCUUUUUGUGUGAUUCCUAUGAUGAAGUCUUUCAGGAAGUAAAGCAAAUGCUCAAAAGUGAUAAACAAAUAUACGUAGAGGCCAUCUUGCAAUGAGAUGCGACUGUUUUUAUCAUUCACACAGGUUGUCUUCAAAGAGUAUGGAAUACCUGAAGUUCCAUGUCCUUUUAACUUGUGGGCGACGCAAGAAAGAUUGCCUAGUGCGUUCUGAACUUCGUGUUUGACAAUAUCAGCACUUCUUACUGCCGUUGCAAGUUCGGCACAGAGCUGCUCAACUUGCAGCCCUUUAGAGCAGAGCUUCUCUCUCAAUAAGCUCGUCAUUAAACUCUCUGCUUCAAUCUCUGAUGUCAAAGUAUCAUGUGGUAGAACGGAAAAAUUCUUGAGGAUCCUCUAUGGGGAUGUUGUGGAGCAAUAGUUAUGUGUGUCCAUGAAGAGUAAAAACCUUCAAGUUAGUGUCUUCAAAAACAGAUACUGUCGGCUGGAUAUUCAAACUAAAGCUGAAUCUUGAGAAUUGGUCGUAUGCAGGUGUACAACAUGCAUAACGCCAUCUGUAGACCCAACAGAAAGCUUUAAAAUGUGCAGGGAAGGGACAAAUCAGAGCAAACUGAAUGGAUGAUGGAGAAGGAAGUAUCUUACUGCGGGAGAAAAUGAACAGAGUCGAAAAGAGCAUGCGACACGAUCACAUGAGACUAAGUUCAUUAAAAGAAGAAAAAGAACAACAAAGUAUUAAAAAUCACAUAAUGAGAAAAGCAUGACUAAAUUUACCAGUAAAGGCAAUCUUGCUGUUGUGUUUUGCAAAGGCCAAGUAAGCGGCAGAUUACUCGGUGCAUGUAAGAUUUCUACCACGUUCCAUUGAGUUUUGGCUGUAAUGAAUAAAUUGUGAGA